AUGGUCUCUAAGAAAGUGGUGCCUGAUCUCUAUAUGUUUGGUUCUAGAGUGCAUAAUGGGAUUCUUAGUAAGAUUUAUGACAUUGGUGUUAUCACACUUAAGAGGUAUAUGGUCAAGAGGGAUGUGGUGAUCGAGAGUCACGACAAUGCGUUUUCGGUGAAGAAAGGGGAGAUGCUGUUUGGGUAUCAGCCGUUUGCGACUAAGGAUCCGAAGAUAUUUGAGAAUGCAGAGAUGUAUGUGGCUAAUAGGUUCGUGGGGGAGGGAGAGAAGCUGCUGAAAUACGUGCUUUGGUUGAACGGUCCUGAGACCGAGAACCCCAGCCUUCCCAUGACUCCUCCUUCCGUCGUUGAAUCCAACUUUGCCACUUUCUUCACCAUAGAUUUCAUGAAACCAGCUCACGAUCAGUACGUUUACCGGCACGCCAAUGGCUUGUGUGUGAUUGGGUUGGCUCCUUCCCACGUUGCUUUCAAGGAUGAAGGUGGAAUCACGNCCGUNGAUUUCAAUGUUGGGAAGUCUGAUCGCAGCGAGAUGAAAGUCACUGGAAAGCGGAAGAAGAAUGCACAACACUUUGAGUCCAACACUACUCUGUGUAAAAUUUCUACUCCCAAUCUACUCCCUCUCGUUGCAUUCUACUACAGAAAAGAAUAG